UCCUCAUCUGGACUAGCCUUGUAGUCCAUCCGUAGUCCAAAGCGCCAACCACGAAAAGAGAGCGAAACCUCCGGAGCAAAAAAUCGAGUGGCGCCAGGCCGCCCCGGGAGGCUCAGCCUCCCCUUAUAACUGACUGCCGCCGCGCGCCAGCCAUCGGGCAAACGAAGUGAAGGGCUCAGCUGCUGAGCCACACGGGCGGCCCACGCCAACCGCCGUAGGGACGCACGCACGCGCACACGGUGACACGGCCUGAGCUCGCCAGUCAGCUGCCGCCGCCGCUGUUGCUGAGCGGCGAGGAGAGGAGGGGAGGGGGCAUGGCGGGGGGAGGAGGGGAGCGGAACGGCGUGGUGGGGCGGGUGAAGGGGGGGAGCCGGCCACCGUGGAUCGGGCUGGCUGCGGCGGUGUGGGUGCAGGUGGCGGCGGGGAGCGCCUACGUGUUCCCGCUCUACUCGCACGCCGUCAAGGAGGCGCUCGGGUACAACCAGCAGGCGCUCACCUUGCUCGGCGUGGGGAACGACGUCGGCGAGAACGUCGGCCUCCUGCCGGGGGUGCUCGCCAACUGCCUCCCGCCCUGGCUCAUCCUCGUCAUCGGCUCCGCCUGCGCCUUCUUCGGAUUCGGCACGCUCUGGCUCGCAGUCACCAAGACGCUCGUCAUGCCCUACUGGGUGUUGUGGAUAGCUUUGUGUAUUGGCACAAACAGCAGUGCAUGGUUGGGCACUGCUGCUCUUGUGACGAACAUGAGGAACUUCCCUCUCAGCCGAGGCACUGUUGCGGGUCUCAUCAAGGGUUAUGUUGCUGUUAGUGCUGCUGUCUACACGGAAGCAUUUAAUGGAAUGCUUGGGAAUUCACCCACAAAUCUUUUGCUAUUGCUUGCUUUGGGGAUCCCGACUGCAUGCAUUCUGGUGAUGUAUUUUGUUAGGCCUUGCACUCCAUCACUGGAUGAAGACAACACAACAGAACACGGCCAUUUCAUCUACACACAAAUCUCAAGUGUGGUUCUCGGUGUGUACCUUAUGGUAGCUACAAUACUUGGUGAUACUUUAAAACUAAGUGAGGCUGUCACCUACCUUUUGUUUGGUAUAAUGAUACUUUUACUCCUUGCUCCACUUGCUAUACCAAUAAAGAUGACAAUUUAUCCAAGCAAACAGACAAAGGAAAAGCCCAGCACUCUUGCUCCAUCAUAUUCGACUGAUAGUUUGUCUGGUCCGGAUCCAGAGAAUUCAGAACCUCUUCUGGGCAGUGCCUCAACAACACUUGUUACAGGCACCAAUGAAUCCGAUGAGAGUACUGAUUUGGAGCUAUUGUUGGCAGAGGGUGAGGGAGCAGUGAAUUUGAAAAAGAAAAGAGGGCCGAGAAGGGGGGAUGAUUUCACAUUCCGCGAAGCAUUAGUGAAAGCAGACUUCUGGCUACUGUUUGUUGUCUACUUUUGUGGAGUUGGCACAGGAGUCACUGUUCUAAACAACCUUGCUCAGAUUGGAAUGGCUGCUGGUGCUAAUGACACAACUAUUCUGUUAUGUCUCUUUGGUUUCUGCAAUUUUGCUGGCCGUAUCCUGGGUGGAUCUGUCUCUGAAUAUUUCGUACGGUCAAGAAUGCUCCCUCGUCCUUUUUGGAUGAUGUGCACACAAAUAAUUAUGGUGAUAACUUUCCUGCUCUUCGCGACUGGUCUUCAUAGCUUGAUUUAUGUUUCAACUACACUCCUGGGGAUAUGCUACGGGGUCCAAUUCGCCGUCAUGAUACCAACAGUCUCAGAGCUUUUCGGGCUGAAGGAUUUUGGGUUGAUGUACAACUUCAUGCUGUUGGUGAAUCCGGUUGGUGCACUCUUUUUCUCAGCUCUUCUUGCUGGCUAUAUCUACGAUAAGGAGGCAGCGAGGCAGCACCCAGGUGUGCUGGAACCCUCGAACUGCUAUGGACCAGACUGUUUCAGGCUCACCUUCUACGUUUGUGCCAUCGUGUGUUGCUGCGGAACCCUAGUGAGCGUGCUCUUCAUAGCGAGGAUAAAGCCGGUCUAUCAGAUGCUCUACGCAAGCGGAUCGUUCAGACAUCCUCGGAGCCAACAACAGCUCCACUGAUGCGUAUACAAUCACACCAUGAAGGAACUUUGAGAUUUGAGAAUGCAAGCGUAAUAUUUUUGAGUAAAUUAUCAGCUGCACAGCUGGGUGCAUGUUGCUGUCGCCUUCUUGUUUGAUCAUGUUGCAGUGUUGUAUUGCCCAAGGAGAGAGUUAUUUUGAUUUCAUUUGCCCUGUUCUGUAGUGGCUGCCAGCCUAGUAGAUAGCACACAGCCAGUCAUCUGUGCUACACAAUCGGACGGGAACUUGGUAAAUACAUAUAUGGCAGCUCUACAUCAGGAAGUUUAAGGAUGUUUUUUUUCACGAACUAGUCCUACACCUCCAGUUUCAGAGGAUUGAGUGCGUCUCGAGGGGUGAGCAAUGUUCACCACAGAGAGUAACACGUUACAAAGUGGUAACACCCUCACAUACAAUCGCCAGGGUUCGAACCCACUACAGCAGACAAGGCUCUACCAAGCUUUACCACUGGGCCAAGGAAGUUUGAGGAUGUUGUACAAUGAAUGUAUCUUAUGCAUUCCACUGUCCUAAAUACCAUGGAUAUAUGUGUUUUUUUC